CAAUAUAACUUACAAAAAAUAAAUACAUUUUCGAUUUCACUUCACUGUAUUAUUAUAUCUCUAGAUUUUUGGAUCUUUAGUCAAAAUGCAUCGAGUCAUUUUAGUAAUUGAGAUUUGUUGUCCUAAGCUUUUGAAGUAUUUCACAAAUUUAUUUUGUAUUGCUCUGUUUUUCUCCUCGUGAGUGUAUGUUUGUUGUGGAGAAACUUGUAUCCUUUAUUUUGAUAAGUAACGCAAUUUCAUAUACAGCGACUUUGUUUAAAAUCAACACGACUCUUGCUCUCUCAACCGAAAAACCAACCAGAGAUGAUGUCCCCUUUGUUUAAUCAUUUUUUGGCAAGUGAGAGAUGAUGAUAUUGGGUCACCUUCUCCAUCAUAUUUCCCCUGUAUUUCCCAUUUCAAAACCCACCCCAAAAUUGUCUUGUAAAUUUAGUGUUGAUUGCAUCAACAAUAUCGAUAAAUAUUCUACUAAACCCACAAUUAAUUGGUCUAGUAACCUAAUCUCCUUUGCAAUUGCUGUGGCCCUUGUUGCUCCACUCCCAUCUUCAGCAAUCCCAUUCCCUUCUUUCGAUUCCAAAUCUUCUUCAACAACCACACCUUUUUCACAGGCACAGAAUUUGCCUACUGGAUUGGAAAAUGGAAAAAUCAGACCUUGCCCUUCAAUAAAUCCAGGGUGUGUGUCAAGCAAUCCCAAGUCAUCAAGUUUUUCAUUUCCAUGGAGGAUAGAGGGCUAUUCUUCGAGUGGAGCUGCCAUUCAGCAAUUGCAAGAUGCAAUCCUAAAAACUCAGAAGAAUGCCAAGAUCCAGCUUGUUGAAGAUACACCUACCGGGCAGUAUCUGCAGGCUGAGGUGGAUGGAGGAUUUGGUGGUCGGGAUGUAAUGGAGUUUCUGGUAAACGCAGACGUGGUUUCUUAUAGAGCUAUGGCGACCAAGGUGACGUACGUGUACCCCUUCACCACGGCCUUAGGGGACUCAAAAGGGCAGGAAGCAAGACUGCAACAGAUCAUCGACGAGUUAGGCUGGUAUGCCCCAAGGUUUGAUUUAAUGGACUAGAUAUGUGUUGCAAUCAUGCUCCAAAAUGUCUCAUGAUGAACAUUUUCACAGGCAAUUUGUAUUUUGUAAUCAUCUGUAAUCUUUUAUUGUUUGAGAAAAAAAAAAAUUCUCACGGAACAAAUGUGCAGGAAAGUUAAAGCAUCAGUGAAUUCCGUUUAAACA